AUGAAACAGGGAUACAGCAGUUCACAGGUGUGUUUGUUUUUCAAACAAAAAGCUGAUAUUUUAACGUUAUAUUGGCCAGUAGCGAGCGCCGUGGCGCAAAGGAAGUUCAGGCUUGGAGGAGAGGAAGAGAUAACUUUGCUGUGUUCGUAUGCAGCACAGGCGGCUUAUGUUAGAGAAGAAGCAGUGAAGGAAUUUGGUAUGCAUUACCCGCUUGUGGAAACAGUGGAUAAUUACCAGGGCGAAGAGAAUGACAUAAUUAUACUUUCGCUUGUGCGUUCGCAUCCCAGUGAUGCCAUUGGCUUUCUGGCGGUACGUCCAUUUUUCCAGUUACUUUUACACUCAUCUCGGCCUAUGUCGCAGAAAAUCCGCGAAAAGCCGGCUAAGAAACUACCACAAAGAAAAAAAAGGAAUAAAAGAAAGGGGUGUCUUGCCUUGAAAAGCAGAUACACAGUAGAUUUGCUGCCAGGCUGA